AUGAUUUCGAUCGCUCCCAAUUAUCAGCCAUAAAUUCUUUUCUAUCAGUCUGAUAUUAUAUACUAGUUACAUACUAUCUAAUAAAUAAAGAGAUAAAAGGCUAAAUAACAAGAGAUUUAUCUCAAAAGUAUUACUAAUAAGGAUAGUAUUUCAGCAAAUUCAUCCUUUGAUUCCAACAAUUCUGAAAAAGUAGAAUAACAAUCUCCUCUAAUAAAUAACUAAACUUCUUAAUUGAAUGAAGUACUUUAAUCACCUACUACUGCUUCAACAAGCUAUAUCAGUUGUGUGAUUUAACCUACUUCAGAGUUGGGAGGAGUCUAUAUCAGUGACUAUGACUAUGCUUCGGAUCUGUAAAAUUUAGAAAAAGACAAUAUAAAGUCAGUGCUUUCUAUUGAUAGAAACCACAACUUUAAGCUUCCCGAUAGUUACAACCAUAAAACAAUAAUUGUUUUUGAUAAUGAAAUGGAAUCUAUUAAAGCUCAUUUCGAUAAAAGCUACUAGUUCAUUUUCAACUCAAUAUAAAACAAACAAAACAUUCUCAUUCAUUGCAGAAGAGGUAUUUCUCGUAGUGCAACUAUUUUAAUAGCUUUUUUGAUGAAAUUUUAAAACAAAUCGUAUGAGGAUUGCUAUAAUUUCUUAAAGUAAAAGAGACCAGUAAUCAAUCCUAAUAGCGGAUUUGUUAAGCAGCUUAAAAGCUAUGAAAAAGUUCUCAAAGAAUACCUCCUUUACACAAAUCAAUUAAAAUGA